GGGUUACAUAUGUUUUAUCGUCAUGCCGGCAUUAUUUUAACCUCCGUUUAUUUUUUUUUAAUCAAUGUGAUCGCUACUCCUCUCAAGUUACAUGUUAAUUACUGUGAUAUUGCUUAAAUGUUAAUAUUUCUGACUGAAAAUGGUUCAAGUCGAUAAGGGAGAAUUUCUUCAACCAAAAACGAUAAGUCCAAAAGUUUUCAAAUAUUUGAAAGAACUCGGUGAAGAAGCACCCGCUCAUGAAAGAGUGGUCAUACUUACAUUCAAUCAAUUUCCAUUCAGUUACUUUGCUCGUAUGACACCUGACGGAUAUAAUAAUGGGGAGAAAUUACCCUCCCAUGUUUUAAUUCCAUGUAUCAGAUUUGUGUAUGAUAGGACGUUCCACUUUUUAGGAAGCUUAUUUUUUUAUUCAGAUUAUAUGGAGAAAGAUAUAGACAAAUUCAGCAAGGAUAUAUCCGAAUGUAUGAAACUUUACAUUUUAGCACUAAAGCAUGCAAGUUUGACUGUAAUUGCUACUGUUGCACCCAUGACAGAUACUUUUUAUGGAGCUAUCAAAAACCUAUGUUAUAUACCUUACUUUCAUGAAUUCUACGGAGCUCUCUGCUAUUAUGUUGAGGAUAUGUGCAUUUAUCAUAUCCACGAUCCGACACAUGUUGAGAACCGCUUUGUGAAACUCUUUCUCGAAAAUGACCUUGAAUUUUUAGUCCAUGGAGUUGGAUAUAUAGCUUCGAAAGCAGAUAUUGUGGAGUGUUUGAAAAUGAAUAAAAAACCACUAUUUUCAAGAAAUCUAGAAGAAGAUUUUUUUGAACAAACAAGUACUGUAGGUCAAUAUUAUUUGAGUGAUGAAGUCAGCCAAAACAUAGCAAGACUUAUCGAACUGAAAAUAUUACCUCCCAAAGCCAAAGGAACUGCAAUUUUCAUAAAAAUUUUUCGAGAAUUAUUUGAAGAAUUAUAUUCAAAUUCUGAUGAUGCAAAAUUUCUCAUCCUUAACGACAGUGCAAUGAAUGAUCUUAUGAAUUUCACUCAGAGCCUAAAAGCAAUUGAAGAAAAAAAAACUUCAGGGGUAUCUUCACAAAGCUCAAACAGAGAACAGCCAAAAUCAUCAAAAACUGUUAGAAAUUUGAAAGAUAUUGAUAGUUAUUUAACCAAAGAACAAUCUGACAAGGCAGAAAAAGAGGAAAAUGCUAAAUUCAAAGAAAAGGCGAAAAAGCUUGAACGUGAUAUCUAUUCUGAAAUGUGUAAUACACCUGAUUUCAUUGAAAAUAAUCCUGAUGUUGUAAUAACCACUUCCUCUGGCAAAACAUUAAGUGCAACUCCUACUGGAGGAAUUAAAAGAAGUCGAAAGAAAAAAAACGCCCCUAUUCCUCCCGAUGUCAGGAAAGAAUUGAUAAGAGCAAGAAUUGCUGCAGCAGAAGCAUCAAAGGUUACAACAUCCACUAAGAAAAAAGAAUUGGCUAAAACUAAAAUUCCAACAACACCAAAGGAAGAAACUCAGAGGUGUUGUGAUGAGGUAACUCUUUCUUCCAAAGCCAAGGGUAAGAAGCACAAAAAUACUGACAGUCAUUUGAAUAACCAACCACCUGUGCAAGUGGCAAGUAGGGAGAAAAAAAAAAGAGAGCCUCAAAGCAAAUGUGGUGAUCAAGAAAGUAAUCAGAAAAAUAGUCAAGAUUCUGAAAAGAGUUUGGAGUCAAAAUGUAAAAAAAGAAAAAAAUCCAAAAGCGAAUCACUCAACACUUCCCAGAGCAGCUUUGACAAUAGUCUUAAUUCCAUUACUGAAGACCAAAUGAAACGGCCAACAAUUACCAGAGUGCAGACACAAAAUAAAACCAUUGUUAAGAAAAUCAGUUUUGAAGAUGAUAAACAAUCUGAAAGUAAAUCAAAGCUUGCUGAAAAAGCAACAAAAAAACUAGAUGUAAAAGCAGAGGUUGAAAAUACUGCCACAAAAAAUAAAACAAAUAAAGAAAAACUCCAUAAACUUCUAGAUGACAAAAAUAUUGCGUGUAAAACAACAAGCUUUGAGCAUUCUAUCAACCCUAAGAAAAGAAAGAAAUCUAAUAAUGAACAUGGUGGAAUGCCUGAAGGAAUUGAACUGUCUGAAACUCUAAUAAAAUAUAGUGCUCAAGCAGGAACUGAAGGUGAAUGCAAUUUAAUGAAGAGUAGUUUUGAAAAUACUAAUGUAAGAAAUAUUGAAGUUCCUAAUUUGAUAGAUUAUGAACUCCAAAUAGAAAGACUAAAUGAAAUUGAGAGGACAAGAAAUGUAGAGGAUGCAUUUGAAAUUGAAGAAUUUGGGGGAGGGAUUCCUCUUACAGUUGAAGAAUUUGAAUCCACCCUAAUGGAGGUACAGGGCACUGAUCAAGCAGAAGCUUUGAAAACCAAUAUAUCAUCGACAGAGUUGGAAAACACUGCUAACAUAAAUUAUGAUGAACAAGUUGGAAUUUCUGAUAUGGCUGUAAAUUUUAAACCAUUCACUUCAGAACCCACUAAUAGCAAAACUAUUUGUCCCAGAAAUGAAGAAGAAACCCCUGAAUUUAUAAAGAUGCUUAAAACUCCUGAUGCUCAUAAGGACUCAGGUGAUGUUUCUGAUUUAGCGGAAAAUUCUAAACCCAUUCUAUCAGAAAUUGAACUGAGUCAAAAGCAUGGUAUUAGAGUAAAUACGGAUGAUGCAACUGGAGUUAGGAGCUCAGAAAACAUUGUGUCAAAUCAAGAAAUUAAAAAUGAAAGUGAAGUGACUUCAGAUGAAAAAGCUUGGGAAAGAGUUGAUACUGAUAGAAAACCUAUUGUAUCAGGAAUAGAUAAUGAAAGUAAGAUUGCGGAUAACAAUGACGAUAAUGAAGUAGAUAAAAUUUCUGAUUCAUUUAAAUAUUCACAAGGUAAUGAGAAUUGCGGUAUAGUUGGGGCUGGCAAUGAUUGGGGUGAUACAGAUGAAAUUCCUGACUUGAUUGAAGAUUCAGAACCUAUUGAACCAAAAAUAGAAGAUAUGGGUAAGAAUAAAGGGAGUGCUAGUAACGCUAGUGAAAUAGAUGAACUUCCUGAAUUGGUUGAAGAUUUUGAACCCAUUGUUUCAGAAAUGGAGACAAAAAGUAUUACUGACUGUGUUAAAACAAAGAAAAUUCCUGAUCAGAUUGAAAGUUUAGGAACCUCUAUAUACGAAAAAGCUUCAAAUGAAUGUAUGAUGAACUGGAAUAUGAUCAGUUCUGACAAAAAUAUCGUAAAUCAGGAUGUUGUUCAAACUCGCAAUUCAAACCAAAAUGAAAUUGGAAAUAUUCAAUCAACUGCUAGUUCAAAAAAUGAUUACAAUGAGCCGAAAUCUGAAGGUUCCCAAAUAAUUAAAAAUGUUCUGCUAACAGAAGAGUUCUUACAACAGGAAUCAGAAGAUCUUGGAGUUGAUAAGAUUGAAAGAAAGUACUUAUCUCCAAUCAAAAGUGCAGACAACAUAAUAUCUCCUUCAUCAGGGGCUAAGAAAAAAAAUAAAUCAAUUCAAAAUGAGGAUGGAUCUGAUAAAGAAAAUACUGAUGUUAAUGAAACAAUAAGUCCCCCAGCGGUAAAUGUAAUAGAAAAAUUGGUCAGUGAUCAAGUAGAUGCUGAAGCUAUAAGAGGCAUUACGCUGUCCAUUUCCUCUGCUUCUCAGAUUAACCAAAAUAAGCAGGAAUUCGAAAGUGUUAGUGCACUUGAUGAAAAAAAUAAUACGAAACAGGAUAAUGUAGAGGUUUUUGUUGCAACAGAUCUCAUCAGUGAAGAAUCUAUGGACCUGCUAGUUCAGAACUAUCUCAAUUCUGAUCAGUAUCAGCAAAUAUUAGGAUCAGGAGCAAAAAUUGAUACGUCAUCCAAAUUUGAUGCAGUUGUCGACAGUUUCAGGAAAAAUUAUGAAAUACUGAAAUCUUCAAUGGGUAAAAAAUUAGAAGAUGAAAAUGAAAAAGAGGAACCUCCUAAAAAAGAAAAAAUGUUGUUACUAUUUAAAUGGAAAGAUAACAACACUGUUACUAUUGAAAGAGUUAGAGCUGAUUCUGUGAAGUUACCACCUCGGGAUCCAUUCAAAAUAACAGAUUUAAGAGAAAUUGAGCAUGAAACAUUUGUAAAGGACUCUAAAAGUCUACAUACAGAUAAUGUGGGGGAAUCUUCAACAAAGACAUCUGAUUAUCUGCCCAAAGUGCCUGACAAUGAAAACCUUGGGAAAAGUUCUGUGAAUGAGCAGGUUAAAUCUUUCAUCGAAUCAUUCAACAAAAAUGAUAUACCAGGGUCUAAUGAUUCAACCAAUAAACAUCCAUCUGAAAAUGCUGUAAAAACCGGAGCCAUAAAAAAAACUUACAAGAAAGUAACUACGUUUUCGGCCAAAGACAUUGAAGACAUCAAAAAUUGGGAUAAUUUCCACCAGUUUGUCAACAUUAUGAACACUUUUCUGAAAAAUAUAGUGCAAUUUUGCCCUGUUCUUUAUUCUACAACUGAAAUUAUGGAAAGGAUCGAAGAGGAUUGUCUGAAAGUCUUCCUUGUUCGAAGAUGUUCAUCUGAUAUAAGUUUAAAAGACCUAAAUGAAGGUAAUAACCCUUAUGGAACUCUUUUCUUCACAUAUAUAAAUAAGAGCAGCUACAAUCAAAGAGUGAAACGUGAAGUUGAUGCAAUGAUCCAAUUACUCGACGCCUUGGUUAUUGACGAAAUGAAUUAUGAUCCAGAAUCAGAAAUGAUUAGAAUUGAGACCAAACUAGUCCGAAACUUAUGGUUAAAUAAUGCAGUAGGAAUCAGGAGAAUCUUCGAAGAUCUACGAAAUUUCGAUGUUUAUGAUGAAUUGGCUCCUGACCUCUUUAAAACCGAUCAUGUUGUCCAAAUAAUGAAGCAUAUACUCCAAAAAGGAAACGAUCCAUAUUCUUUCGAUUUUAAUUAUGAUUGUACACCUAUAGAUAUACGUGAAUGCUUCAACACCCUUAAACCACAUGGUAGUGUUCUAUUAGUUGAAUGAAAGCUUGCAUUUUGUUUAUAUGUUAUUUAAGUGAUUUGUUACAUUUUGUAAUUUGUUUUAUUGAUGCGAUACUGAAAACUAAAGAUGUGAUAAAUUAUCGACUGAAUUCUUAUUAGAUUUUAAGCAAUAUAAAGUUUUAAGACAACACUUUGUACCUGCCAAGUCAAAAAGACAUUCCAAUUUACUUGGAAAUUCAAGUAGAGACAUUGGUUAUUGACUCUGAUGUCAUUUGAUAUUCAGUAAAAAUUUAAUUUAUUUUUUUAUUGGAACAAAAAGAUGUACAUGUUACAUAUCCUUUAAUGAAAUGUUAUUUUUGAAUUU